GUUGAAUUCAAUCUCUCUACCCGACCCAUCACGUUUCAUAUCUAUCCGAAGCCAUUUGAAGCAGAGACAGUGUAGCUCUAAACGAUAUCCGGAUUAGAAAAGGAAGUUGAAAACCAGAGAGAACAAUGGCUUCAAUGUCUCUAAUAACAUCGCCUCACUGUCUCACUACUAAUUCCAUAAGAACUCAACUCCCCUCGGCUUCUCUAUCUCUCUCAACAUGCUCAAGAAGAACAAUCUCCAUCUCUCCCAAUGCAGCAGCAAUCAACCCCAAAGCUCGCUCUUCCCUUCUUCACUGCUCCUUUCUCGCUUCUUCCUCCUCAUCCCUCUCUUUCCCUUCUUCCUUUUCAGGGUUAUCUUUGGGGACUGAUUUUGGUUCAAGCAAUGGGGUGAAGAAUGAGAAAAGACGAGGCUUGGUGGUUAGGGCCGGAAAGGCUGCUCUUUGUCAAACCAAACGGAACAGGUCUCGCAAAUCUUUGGCUCGAACUCAUGGAUUUCGUCGAAGAAUGAGAACCACCAGCGGGAGAGCUAUUCUCAAACGCAGACGUGCUAAGGGCCGGAAGAUUCUUUGCACCAAAUCAAAUCCAAACAGUGGGAAACGCUAAGUUUCCUCUCAUUUGUGUUUUGGUUGGCAGUAUUGUUCCAUGAAUUUGAUGUCUUUCAUGAUGUUCAGAGCAUACUUUAGGCGAGAACAUAAGUCAAUAUGCAUGUUUUGUUGGUUCAGUUUGUGCAAUAUUCAUUGGUUGAAACCCACAUUUUCUUAGUCUUAUUC